AUGCAGACUUUUGCUCUUGCCUGUGCAGGACUUGCGAUCCUUCAAGGUGCAAUCGCAAAUCCGAUCGCCUCCCUUGGCCGUCGAGCACUUCUGUCAACGUCUGACGAUUUGCCCUCAUCAAAUGAAGUGCUCGAAGUCAUCUCUGGUGCUCAAGAAAUUGCUAUAUCGAUCAGUGACUCCUCAGACAUCAUCGCCAACGUCAAUGCAGCUUUCGACGACAUCUAUUCAAUUGUGCAGAUUGACAGUUCCGAGCUGGACGGCGCCAGUAUUCCGACUACUACCACUAUCAUUCCCAUUAUUGACAGUGUUAUCUGUCAACUCUUGCUUUGUGAUCGCUCAGUCGUCCUAUCUCCGGGAUCGGGCGUCGUAGACCCAGAGCAAGAAUUUCUUCCUUCAGAAUUGGCGAUCGCAGAGCUGCAAGGCUGGGCAAACGGAACCAUCCCCAUCCCUAGUGAGGUUGCGGAUGUUAGUCUUGAUGCGGAUACGGUAACUCAAUUUGUGGAUGCUGUCUCAGGAAUGGUUAAGAUUUGGAAAAAGGCUUCCGGAAGCACUCCCUCACCGCAGCAGAAGCGCGCGCUCCGCCAAAUUGCUGCUGCAAAAAUGCACAAACGUGUCGCUCCAUUAUUGAUUGGCGCAGUGAUUGGUCUUGCCGUUCUCCUGUGGUCUACAGAGGCUCGCUGA